AUGGGCCGCGACGCCACCGAACCCAUCCAACCCGGCAGCAUCCGCCGCACCGAGCGCGCUCGCUUCGCCAAAGAAACAAUCCACAAAACCGUCCCCGCCCUCCUGCACUCCAUCCCGCGCGCCCGCCGCGGCAUCGAAACAGCGCACCUCCUCGUCGACCUCCCUCGCGUCAACCCCGGCGGCAGCAGCAACAACCCCAAGAGAAAACCCAAAGGCAAGCGUGGGGAAGACAAAGACGAGCACGACCCCAGCAGCGCCGACGCACCCCCACCCGGAAUCCGCAUCCGCAUAGUCGACGCCGACACCCUUGCCGCCGUGUCGCUGUUUACGCCGUCGGCCGGGAAGAGCGCGCCCGCGAAGACGGCGGUGCUGUGUAUGGCGUCACCGCUGCGCCCGGGCGGGGGCGUGUUCACGGGUGCGCAGAGCCAAGAGGAGUCGCUGUGCGUGCGGACGACGCUGUACUGGUCGCUGCGGGAGGACUACUACCGGCUGCCGCCGCUGGGGUGCGUGUAUACGCCGGACGUGCUCGUGUUCCGCGACGAGGAGAACAAGGAUCUGGCGAAGAAGGAGCGGUUCUAUGUUGAUGUGAUUAGUUGUGCGGCUCUGCGAUUUCCGGAGACCGAGGGCGGCAGGUAUGAGAAUGUGGCGGAUCGGGAGCAGAUGUGGGAGAAGAUGAGGCUGGUGAUGAGGGCGGCGGCGAGGGGCGGGGUGGGGAAUGUUGUGUUGGGGGCGUGGGGGUGCGGGGCGUAUGGGAAUCCUGUGGAGGAGGUGGCGGAGGGGUGGAAGAAGGUUUUGGUGGGUGCUGGGAAGGGAGGGAGGGGGAAGGUUGAGGUGUGGGAGGGGAUUGAGGAGGUGGUGUUUGCGAUCUCGACGAAAACGGUGGAAGGGAAGCAGCAGCUGGAGGGCUUCCAGAAAGUGUUUGAGGGGGUGGCUUACGAGGAUAAGGAGCCAGAGGCUCAAGAGCGAGAGGCUGUAGAGGCCGAAAAGGAUGAAGAUGAUCCAGAGGAGAUCAGGUUGAGGGACAUCCAGGAACUCACCGAGCAGAUCCAGAUUAAGGAGGCUCAGCUCGACAGGAUAAAGAACGAGUCCUUACGAGAAAGGAUCGCAGAGCUGGUCACAUCUCUGAAGAAGGAGCUGGUGAUCAAAUCAAACCCACAAGGCCAUUCAGCCGAUGAGGAUAGUCCAGAGGUAGAGGAAGGCGAGGGCAGCGCCUCGAAAACUUGA